UAUCGUAACGAAUAACGAUACCUAUUUCUAUGUGAUUUCUAUUUUCUAUUACCUGCCACAAAUGCCUCAAUACCCGCCGAACCUGCAGCAUCUCAAAUAAAAUUUAUUAUAGCCACUUUAUAAAGUAUAUAUUUUAAUAGGAUAAGGGUUAUAGUUUAAUGUGUAGCUUUUCAAAUACUACAUAUAAUUGUAGCGUUUCUCUGUAACAUAAAAUUUUUCUAUAAUAGGUAGGUACUAAGAAAAAUUUAAGGAAAAUGGCUUCGAGUAAACGCCGUGCACAGUCAAACAAGCAUCAGCAAAAUUUGUCUAAAUUGGAUGUCACAAAGCUGUCGACUUUAUCGCCAGAAGUAAUAUCGAGACAAGCAACUAUCAAUAUUAGAACUAUUGGACAUGUAGCUCGUGGAAAAUCAACUGUAGUGAAAGCUAUUUCAGGAGUACAAACUGUCAGAUUUAAAAAUGAACUGAAAAAAAAGAUUACUAUUAAACUGGAGCGCCUGUCUGAUACAGUUAUAAGAAUGUUUCGUGCAAGAGCUCAUGAAAGAGAUGAACAUAUGUUUCAUGAAAAGAUAAGAAGAGCAAAUAAAAGAAUUUUACCUCCCAUGCCAGAUCUUACCCCGGGUAAGCCUCCAGCUAAAAAGCGUAAAAAAGAUAUACAAGAUCGAAAAGAAUUCAUCGUAGAAAGCAUCCUAGACUUUAAAUUUCAGAAUGGACUGGAAUAUUUCUACAUUAAAUGGAAAGGAUGGCCAGAUAGUGAAAAUACAUGGGAACCUAUAGAGAAUCUUGAUAAUUGCCCUGAGAUUUUGAGAAAGUUUUUACUUGAAAAAGAGGAAUUGUAUUGUGAACGCUUUGAAAAAUUAGAAAAUGAAUUGUCAUUUGACAAUUUGCUUUCAGAAGAAAAUCUCAUUACAAGAAUAGAUGAAUUUGAAAAUUUCUCCCAUUUUGAAUUGAAGGAAAAACUUAUAUUGAAGUAUCUCAUUAUGAUUUCCUUGACCAUAUCGGAAGAAAGUCAUGUUACAGAUUUAGUUCAGGAAACAAGAGAUACUUUACAAUUAUACACAAUGACAAGGAAGAGAUGUCAGCAGCUUAUGGCACUGAAGCAAUGGGAGGAAUAUCUCAAUCAAGUAGAUAAAUGCAAGAAGUUAUGUGUGGAAAAUGAAGUUGAUCUGGCUGGCCCUCCUGAAAAUUUUACUUAUAUCAAUGAGUCAAUUCCUGGUGCUGGAGUUGUUAUACCCAAUGAUCCUCCUAUCGGCUGUGAGUGUACAGCAUGUAACUGUCGCUCAAAUACAUGUUGUGGAAUGCAAGCUGGUUUCUUUGCAUACAACAAUAAUAAGAGACUACGAGUAGCAUUUGGAACCCCAGUCUAUGAAUGUAACAAAGCAUGUAAAUGUUCCAUGAACUGCAAUAAUCGAGUUGUACAAAGAGGCAGGACUUUUAAGCUGACAAUAUUCAGAACUACCUAUGGUUGUGGCUGGGGUGUCAGAACGGAACAAAAAAUCAGAAAGGGCCAAUUUCUCUGCCAAUAUAUUGGUGAAGUUAUAACUUUUGAAGAAGCUGAAAUAAGAGGGAGAGAAUAUGACGCAAAUGGGUUGACAUAUCUGUUUGAUUUAGACUUCAAUUCCGUGGAUAAUCCAUAUGUUAUUGAUGCAUGCAACUUGGGAAAUGUAUCACAUUUUAUAAAUCACUCAUGUGAUCCAAACGUAGGUGUGUGGGCUGUAUGGGCAGAUUGCCUCGAUCCAAACCUACCAAUGUUAGCUCUAUUCGCCACACGAGAUAUAGAAGCUGGCGAAGAAAUUUGUUUUGAUUACUUACAAAAGUCGUCUGAGAGUGAAGAAGAUGUCACUAAUACUCCUCAAGAACAUGAAAAUGAUAAUGUUGAUGUAGAACAGAGUGUUCCAAGUCCGUCAGAAGCAAACACCGCAGAUUCAGCAGUAUCUCCUAUCGAAUCUAGAUAUGAAAUUCAGCUGCAGAAUAGAGCAAUGUUACGAAAUUUAACUGAAUGUAAAUGUGGUGCUACUAAAUGUAGAAAAUAUUUGUUUUAAUUCAAUGGCAACAACAACUUAUGGUUGUUCUUGUGGUUGUUCUGUUGGGAAAUUAAAUAGUUUCACAGGUUAUUAAGGAACAGAA